UGUGUGUAGAAGAUGAAGAGCAAGAAUAAAUCCGACAUUAAUACGGAAUUAUCGCAAAGAUUGGAUAAAUUGGAGCAAUUCGUCCAGGGCGGUAUAACCGAACUGAAGAAUAAAAUAAAUCCGGGAACAAGUCAUGAGGGACAUAAUGAGGAUAUUCAGUCGAUUGAAUUAUUUGAAAGUAAGGUAAUGGAAUCAAUAAAUGCAUUUCGGAAAGAAUUAAAUGCCAUUGAAAACAGAAUAAAAUUAUGUGAAAUCGACAUUAAUCAAGUAAAGGAAGACAGAAUGCGGAAUAUGCUGGUACUAUAUGGGUUAAACGAGAAAGACAAGGAGAAUCUAAUACCUGAUGUGGUAAACAUAUUUAGAAAUAAAUUGAAGAUAACAGCUGCUCCUGGUGAUUUCAAAUAUUGUUAUCGUAUUGGAAAUAAGCGUAUUGAUCAGAAGAAACCAAGGCCUAUAUCCAUUGUUUUCGUCAAUAGAUGGUUUAAAGAAGAAGUUUAUCGUGCUAAGAAAUGCUUAAAAGGAACCCCAUUUGUGCUCAGUGAAAUGUUGUCGACCAAAAAUCGUGAUUUGUUUAUGAAAGUGCGAUCGGUUGUAGGGUCGAAAAAUUGUUGGACUUUGAAAGAAGUUUUGGAAAGUUUGGGACUUGUCCAAAUGAUUAAACAACCCACAAGAAUUACUGAUAAGACAGCAACAUUGAUCGAUUAUGCACUAGUAUCAAAUGUGAACUUGGUAAAGGAGGUUGGUACGAAACAUGUCCCUGAGGUGAGUGACCAUGAAUUAGUAUUCCUUAGUCUGAAAAUUGGGCAUGAACAGAAAAAAAUUAGUUACAAAACAACUCGGAAUUUCAAAAAUUUUAAUUAUGCUCAAUUUGACUCUGAUCUUAGGAGUAUACCUUGGAAUACCAUAUAUGAACUGGACGAUGUAGACAGUAAAAUAGGUUUUCUCUCUGACAGUAUAAAUGCACUUUUGGAUAUUCAUGCUCCGUUCCAGACAUUUAGAAUAACUAAAACGUAUGCUCCUUGGUUAACCAAUUCCAUUAAAGCAAUGAUGAAAGAUAGGGAUGAGGCUCUGAGUAAGUUUAAGAAAACAAAAAAUCUACAACAUUGGAAGGAUUAUAAGCAACUUCGUAACCUUGUCACUAGAAUAGUGAAGCAUGAAAAAAAAAUUUUUUGUAAGAUAAAUAUUGAAAAAAAUAAAUCCACGAAAAAUAUGUGGGGUAACAUAAGAAAAAUUUUUCAUGACCAUGAUAAGAGGGAUAUUCAGCUGCCUAGUAACUUUGACAAUGUGAAUCUAAUGAAUGACCAUUUCGUUAAUUCUAUUCCAGGUUCAACUCCCGAUGAGAAAAUUAUUAAUUAUUAUAAAACUAAUGUUAAAGAUAAAUAGCAAUCACAAUUAGAGUUUGAAACGGUUGACGAGAUUGAGGUACUUAAGAUCAUUACAAACAUAAAAAACAAAUCAGUGGGUCAUGAUGGAAUUAAUUCAACUACAUUACAGCUUUGCUUACCCUUCUUGCUACCACAUAUUACACAUAUAGUUAAUAAAUGUCUGAAAAAUGCAACUUUUCCUACUAUAUGGAAAAAGGCUCAUGUUAUUCCCGUACCAAAAACACCCAAUCCUCAACAAGUCAACGAUUUGAGACCGAUUAGCAUACUGCCUACUCUUUCGAAAAUUUUAGAGAAGGCCAUUCAUAUUCAGAUUCUUAAGCACUUGGAUAAAAACAACAUCAUACAACCUACACAGUCAGGAUUCAGACCAGGACAUAGCUGCUCCACUGCACUAUUACAUAUCA